ACAAUAAAAUCGCUCCUUAAGGUUGUAACCUGUGACGUCAUUGGUCAGCAGGAUCUGCCCUCCUAUUGGCUGGAUAAUUUGACAGGAGUGUUAUUCAGAGAUAGUCGGCGCGAGCAGAAACACGCGGCUGCAACUGAGGGAAGAGAACUAGUUGAGCACGAGCUAAGGAACUCUGAGGGGGCGGAGUCAAAUCCAGAACACAAAAACAGAUUUACCACCAACAGUUAAAAGCAGAACGACAGCAGGAAAUUUUGAAUAUGAACGAAGGUUAAAAGCAAAACAUAAAUUCUCAAAUAAUUUGUUGUUACAAUGCUCCUAGUUAAAGUAGAGAAUCUCAUUCUGCACCCCAUCGUCAUUGAUCGAAACAAUGGACGGAACCGCUUGGUCUUAUUUUGAAACAUAAGCGGAAGUCGUCGCAUGCGGAGUUGUGGAGGUGUCACCGGCUGAGGGAGAAGGUAGGAACAGAGAAGAGGGCAGGUCACGCGCCCGAGAAGAGGUACAAGAAGAGGAGAGAAGAAACAGAACAAUCAGAAGUAAAAGAAAAGAGCUUUCUUUUCACAAAGCUGUCAAUCAAGCGAGCCCCGCCCUCUAAGGAUGGAUGGAAGCGGAGCUGCAGGAAAUCCCAGCGCUGCCUCGUCUAGCUCACUUCCUGGCCUUGCUGAUGAGGGGAUGCUGCCUCCCACCUCCAGCACAGAGGAGGGAGACCAUCAGUGCAGAGAGUCCGCCGUUCUGUCCAGGUCUCACAGUCUCCUGACUCCAGCAGAGAAAGCAGACCUUCCAGACCAUCAGCAUACCACCACAGAUGAACCAACACCAGGAGAAUCGUCUUCCUCUAAAGAUCAGCCAACUCCUCAACAACCCUGUCCGGGUAAACCUGAGCAAGCAAAGCCAGAUCUUUGUCCUGCACGGCAAGAACUGGAAGACUGUCUUCCAACACAAGGACCGUCUUCACCAAAAGAGAUUGAAGACACUUUAGGCAUUCUUUGUAAAGACCAGAAGAAUCCAGAGUGUCUUCCUGGACCAGAACACAACGAGGAUCUAAGUCAAGCUGUGGACCACCAAAACCAGAAGCAUCUGUGCCUCACUGACCAAAUAGCUGCAAAGGAGCAGCUUCCCUGUUCCUUUGUGGAGUUAAGUGACGAGGAGAAGAAGCUCAUUCUGGAGGACCAGCAGGAACCUGCUACUGAGAACCAACAGGACUGUGUCAACACCAUCCAGCCUCCUGCUCCAGCUCAGGCCUCCGCCCUGGCUCCUCCGGCCCCACCUCUCACCAUCGAGGCGUUCUGUGACCAGGUGGGACCUCGCCCACCUCCCUCUCCUUCAGGUGAGCCCAAACUGUGUGGUUACCUGCAGAAGCAGGGGGGCCCGCUGAAGUCCUGGAAGCAGCGCUGGUUCACCUACGAAGAGAAGAAGAACCAGCUGUUCUACUACCGCACGGCGCAGGAUGUGAUGCCGCUCGGCCAGGUGGAGCUCAGCGGCGCCAUCUUCACCUACCCGCUGAAGGCAGAAAGGGGCACCUUCCACAUCCAGACACCUGAACGCACCUUCAUUCUGAAGGCUGUGACCCAGGAGCUCAUGCAUUACUGGCUGCAGCAGCUGCAGGUGAAGCGCUGGCAGCACAGGCAGACCUCCGCCUGCGCAGACACAGCGAACAACAACAACAACAACACUGCUGCAGAGGACUUCCUGCCUACCUUUAAAAGCCCUUGGGGUCUGGUUGGGGAGGAGGCGGCUAACACUCAGACACAGCGAACACCACUCUCCAACAUGUCCCUCAAACACCCUCUGAUUGAAAUCCAAAACUCGGUCCACUCUUUGAGGAAGAGAUCCUCUCAGGAGGGGAGUCAGAGCAUAUUCCACGUCAGCGCUUCAGAGUGGACUCAGCCCAGUUCUGCAGACAGCAGCAACACUGCAGAAGCUCCUGUUGAGGCUCCUCCUCCUCCCGUUCCUUUAGCAGCUGAUUCAGCAGUUCAGGUGCCUUCUGAACCUGGAAGGGCAUCACCAUCACUGCAGGAUGGAGGAAGCAGGAGGACAAAGACUUGCAGCUCGUCCACCAUGCCAAUCCGUCGCAGAGACACCGUGUCCUCAUUCUCGGAGCGGACGUGCCGCCUACAGCAGGAGAAGAAGAUGCUGAUGGAGGAGGUCAAAGCUCAGAAGGAACUGGUCUGGAUCCUCCAUAAAGCCCUGGAGGCAUCUCAGCUGGAGAAACGAGCAUGUGCAGAGUUUUUGGCAGUAAACGAUGAGCAGGAGCGCCUGGAGCUGCUGCGACACCGUGAGCGGCAUGCGGCCGACCUCCAGAGACGGCUGGAGGAGGCGAACAUGAAGGCAGAGGUUCUGAGGAACAGCCUGGCUGAGAAAGAUGUGCAGCUGGCUGAGCUGCAGGCCAGCAUCAAGACGCUUACAGAGAAGAACCAGGCCAAGCAGCAGGUGAUUGUGAAGCUGUCGGAUCAGGUGACCUCCUGCCUGUCUGACUCCCGAAGCAAAGAUCCCUCAUCUUGUGAACCUCCAACUUCGAGGGAGCUUCUGCAAAAGAUUGACAAUCUGAAGGACGACAUCGAGGCGUACAAGACUCAGAACAAAUUUCUGAACUCAGAAAUCUACCAGUUGACCAAACUGUGGAGGAAGAGCUCUGAGCAGGAGAAGAGCCUGAUGGUGAAGUGUGCCUACUUGGAGGCCACCAACUGCCAGGUUGAGAGUCGUUAUUUGGGUGUCCUGCGGAAGCUGCAGGAGACCAAAUCCUUGGAUCCAGACCAGCGGGAGGCUGUGCAGAAAAUGAUCGAGGAGGCUCUUAGAGGAGAGCUGGACUCUGGCUCCAAGCUCAGUGCGGACAGGGAUCAUGAUGCAUACGGCUUUAAGAUCAUCCCAGACUAUGAAGUGGAGGACAUGAAGCUGCUGGCAAAGAUCCAGGCUCUGGAAAUCCGUUCACACAACCUGCUGAACCAGGAGGGUACUGAGCACCCCCAGCUGAGCCGUUGGGCGCAGUUCCUGGCUGGCAGGUCACAAGACGACCUUUGCCCCUCACCAGAGCUCAAAACUCUGCUCCGCAGCGGCGUUCCUCAGGAGUAUCGAUCGAGGGUAUGGCGCUGGAUGAUCCGAGCCAGAACCAGAACGAUCUGGGAGCACCACCCACAGCUCUACGAGCAGCUGUGUGAGAAGAGUAGAACAUUUCCUCACCCGGCCACCCGGCAGAUCCAACUGGACCUUCACCGCACUUUAACCACUAAUCAGCACUUUUCCUCACCAUCAAGCCCCGCCCUCCAGGAGCUCCGCCGCAUUCUGCUGUCAUUCUCUUGGCACAACCCAACUGUUGGAUACUGCCAGGGCCUCAACAGGUUGGCGGCCAUUGCUCUGCUCGUUCUGCAGAAUGAAGAGGACGCCUUCUGGUGUCUGUUAGCUGUGGUUGAAACCAUCAUGCCUGAAGAUUACUACACCAAAAACCUGAUGGCCUCUCAGGCAGACCAGAGGGUCCUGAAGGUCCUGGUGGAGAAGCUUCCACGGCUGGCAGCGCACUUUGAAAAGCACAACAUAGACGUCACCCUCAUAACCUUCAACUGGUUCUUGGUGGUUUUUGUGGAAAGUCUGCCGAGCGACAUCCUACUGCCGCUGUGGGACGCUUUUUUGUAUGAGGGCACCAAGGUGAUCUUCAGGUACGCUCUGGCUCUUUUCAAAUACAAAGAGGACGACAUCCUGAAGAUAAAUGAUGGAGUGGAGAUCUACCAGUACCUGCGCUUCUUUACUAAGACCGUCUCAGACAGCAGGAGACUGAGCAGCAUUGCCUUUGGAGACAUGAACCCGUUCCCACGCCGCCUGCUGAGGAACCGGCGUGUGCAGCAUCUGGAGCGCCUGCAGAAGGAGCUGAAGGAGCUGGAGGAGCUGCAGAAGGAGUUUGUGACAGAGAGAGCCGAGCACAAAGACAAGGAGCUCGACGUGGGUGCCAGCGAGGAUGACGAAGAGAUCUGACUACUGCUGCCAGCUCCAAAGGGCGAGAAGGAAAACCAGUGUCUUUGGUGAACUAACACCAAGCAGCCAACAAGAGGUUAUCCAUUUAUUCUUUCCAGGCCAAAGCUUCACUUAAAAGAUGGAGUUCCUCAUGCAGAGCUUCCUGACCCUGGCCCUCAAAGUCGCCACCAUGCUUAUUUUUUACUUCUACCUGCCGUACUCACACGACUGGCUUAUGGAUACAGAUUCUGCCUGACUGAACACACCUGAUCCAGGCAGUCAGAAUCGGGAUCAGGCCGCGCUGACCUUUGACAUGAGAACAGAGCAAAAGAACACAAGAGGAACACCACAGGCUCUGAUGUUUAUUUCUGUCAUGUAGGCUUCAUUUUGAUGAUGUUUCUAAACAUAAUUUGUCACUGACAGACAUUGGAACCCAAACAUUUCUGUCUGCUCCAUUUGGAAAAACCUCCACCUUAAAGUUAUUUCAUUGUUAAGCUGCACAAAUGUGUUUAAAUGCACAAUGUUUUGUAUAUAUUUGUCAAAUAUUUGCCUCAGAAUGUGUACAUAAAUAUUUUGCAAAUACG